AUGAAGGGAAAGUACCUCUUUAUUCACGUACUACCUGACACACAUCCAAAUAAACCUACAGAUACUACUCCUAUCGACAAUGCUACUACAGCUAGCAACCCAACAGACGGUACUCCUACAGUCAACGCCACUACAGCUAGCAAUUCUACGGACGGUACUCCUGCAGAUGAUGCUACUACAGCGAGCAAUCCAACAGACGGUACUCCUGCAGAUGAUGAUACUACAGCUAGCAAUCCUACAGACGGUACUCCUGCAGACGACUCCUCUAGCGUUACCAAUUCUACAGACGGUACUCCUGCAGAUGAUGCUACUACAGCUAGCAAUUCAACAGACGGUACUCCGACAGACAACGCCACUACAGCUAGCAAUUCUACGGACGGUACUGCUGCAGAUGAUGCUACUACAGCUAGAAAUCCAACAGACGGUACUCCUACAGAUGAUGCUACUACAGCUAGCAAUUCUACAGACGGUACUCCUGCAGAUGAUGCUACUACAGCUAGCAAUCCUACAGACGGUACUCCUGCAGAUGAUGCUACUACAGCUAGCAGUCCAGCAGACGGUACUCCUGCAGACGACUCCACUAGAAUUACCAAUCCUACAGACGAUACUCCUGCAGACGAUGCUACUACAGCUAGCAAUUCUACAGACGGUACUCCUACAGAUGAUGCUACUACAGUUAUCAAUCCAACAGACGGUAGUCGUGCAGAUGAUGCUACUACAGCUAGCAAUCCUACAGACGGUACUCCUACAGACGACGCCACUACAGCUAGCAAUUCUACGGACGGUACUCCUGCAGAUGAUGCUACUACAGCUAGCAAUCCAGCAGACGGUACUCCUGCAGACGACUCCACUAGAGUUACCAAUCCAACAGACGGUACUCCUGCAGACGAUGCUACUACAGCGAGAAAUCCAACAGACGGUACUCCUGCAGAUGUUGCUACUACAGCUAGCAAUCCUACAGACGGUACUCCUGCAGACGACUCCGCUAGCGUUACCAAUCCUACAGACGGUACUCCUGCAGAUGAUGCUACUACAGCUAGCAAUUCUACGGACGGUACUCCUGCAGACGACUCCACUAGAGUUACCAAUCCUACAGACGGUACUCCUGCAGACGAUGCUACUACAGCUAGAAAUCCAACAGACGGUACUCCUGCAGAUGAUGCUACUACAGCUAGCAAUCCAACAGACGGUACUCCUGCAGAUGAUGCUACUACAGCUAGCAAUCCAGAAGACAGUACUCCUGCAGACGACUCCACUAGAGUUACCAAUCCUACAGACGGUACUCCUGCAGAUGAUGCUACUACAGCUAGCAAUCCAGCAGACGGUACACCUACAGACGACUCCACUAGAGUUACCAAUCCUACAGACGGUACUCCUGCAGACGAUGCUACUACAGCUAGCAAUCCAACAGACGGUACUCCUGCAGACGACUCCACUAGAGUUACCAAUCCUACAGACGGUACUCCUGCAGACGAUGCUACUACAGCUAGAAAUUCAACAGACGGUACUCCUGCAGAUGUUGCUACUACAGUUAGCAAUCCUACAGACGAUACUCCUGCAGACGACUCCGCUAGCGUUACCAAUCCUACAGACGGUACUCCUGCAGAUGAUGCUACUACAGCUAGCAAUUCUACGGACGGUACUCCUGCAGACGACUCCACUAGAGUUACCAAUCCUACAGACGGUACUCCUGCAGACGAUGCUACUACAGCUAGAAAUCCAACAGACGGUACUCCUGCAGAUGAUGCUACUACAGCUAGCAAUCCAACAGACGGUACUCCUGCAGAUGAUGCUACUACAGCUAGCAAUCCAGAAGACAGUACUCCUGCAGACGACUCCACUAGAGUUACCAAUCCUACAGACGGUACUCCUGCAGAUGAUGCUAUUACAGCUAGCAAUCCAGCAGACGGUACUCCUGCAGACGACUCCACUAGAGUUACCAAUCCUACAGACGGUACUCUUGCAGACGAUGCUACUACAGCUAGCAAUUCUACGGACGGUACUCCUCCAGAUGAUGCCACUACAGUUAGCAAUCCAACAGACGGUACUCCUGCAGAUGAUGCUACUACAGCUAGCAAUCCUACAGACGGUACUCCUGCAGACGACUCCACUAGCGUUACCAAUCCUACAGAUGGUACUCCUGCAGACGAUGCUACUACAGCUAGAAAUCCAACAGACGGUACUCCUGCAGAUGAUGCUACUACAGCUAGCAAUUCCACAGACGGUACUCCUGCAGACGACUCCACUAGAGUUACCAAUCCUACAGACAGUACUCCUGCAGACGAUGCUACUACAGCUAGCAAUCCAACAGACGGUACUCCUGCAGAUGAUGCUACUACAGCUAGCAAUCCAGAAGACAGUACUCCUGCAGACGACUCCACUAGAGUUACCAAUCCUACAGACGGUACUCCUGCAGAUGAUGCUACUACAGCUAGCAAUCCAGCAGACGGUACUCCUGCAGACGACUCCACUAGAGUUACCAAUCCUACAGACAGUACUCCUGCAGACGAUGCUACUACAGCUAGCAAUCCUACAGACGGUACUCCUGCAGACGAUGCUACUACAGCUAGAAAUCCAACAGACGGUACUCCUGCAGAUGAUGCUACUACAGCUAGCAAUCCAACAGACGGUACUCCUGCAGAUGAUGCUACUACAGCUAGCAAUCCAGAAGACAGUACUCCUGCAGACGACUCCACUAGAGUUACCAAUCCUACAGACGGUACUCCUGCAGAUGAUGCUACUACAGCUAGCAAUCCAGCAGACGGUACUCCUGCAGAUGUUGCUACUACAGCUAGCAAUCCAACAGACGGUACUCCUGCAGAUGAUGCUACUACAGCUAGCAAUCCAGAAGACAGUACUCCUGCAGACGACUCCACUAGAGUUACCAAUACUACAGACAGUACUCCUGCAGACGAUGCUACUACAGCUAGCAAUCCAACAGACGGUACUCCUGCAGACGACUCCACUAGAGUUACCAAUCCUACAGACGGUACUCCUGCAGACGAUGCUACUACAGCUAGAAAUCCAACAGACGGUACUCCUGCAGAUGUUGCUACUACAGCUAGCAAUCCUACAGACGGUACUCCUGCAGACGACUCCGCUAGCAUUACCAAUCCUACAGACGGUACUCCUGCAGAUGAUGCUACUACAGCUAGCAAUUCUACGGAUGGUACUCCUGCAGACGACUCCACUAGAGUUACCAAUCCUACAGACGGUACUCCUGCAGACGAUGCUACUACAGCUAGAAAUCCAACAGGCCGUACUCUUGCAGAUGAUGCUACUACAGCUAGCAAUCCAACAGACGGUACUCCUGCAGAUGAUGCUACUACAGCUAGCAAUCCAGAAGACAGUACUCCUGCAGACGACGCCACUAGAGUUACCAAUCCUACAGACGGUACUCCUGCAGAUGAUGCUACUACAGCUAGCAAUCCAGCAGACGGUACUCCUGCAGACGACUCCACUAGAGUUACCAAUCCUACAGACGGUACUCCUGCAGACGAUGCUACUACAGCUAGCAAUUCUACGGAUGGUACUCCUCCAGAUGAUGCUACUACAGUUAGCAAUCCAACAGAUGGUACUCCUGCAGAUGAUGCUACUACAGCUAGCAAUCCUACAGACGAUACUCCUGCAGACGACUCCACUAGCGUUACCAAUCCUACAGAUGGUACUCCUGCAGACGAUGCUACUACAGCUAGAAAUCCAACAGACGGUACUCCUGCAGAUGAUGCUACUACAGCUAGCAACCCAGCAUACGGUAUUCCUGCAGACGACUCCACUAGCAUUACCAAUCCUACAGACGGUACUCCUGCAGAUGAUGCUACUACAGCUAGCAAUUCUACGGACGGUACUCCUGCAGAUGAUGCUACUACAGCUAGCAAUCCAGCAGACGGUACUCCUACAGAUGAUGCCACUACAGCUAGCAAUCCAACAGACGGUACUCCUGCAGAUGAUGCUACUACAGCUAGCAAUCCAACAGACGGUACUCCUACAGACGACGCCACUACAGCUAGCAAUUCUAUGGACGGUACUCCUGCAGAUGAUGCUACUACAGCUAGCAAUCCAGCAGACGGUAUUCCUGCAGACGACUCCACUAGAGUUACCAAUCCAACAGACGGUACUCCUGCAGAUGAUGCUACUACAGCUAACAAUCCAACAGACGGUACUCCUGCAGACGACUCCACUAGAGUUACCAAUCCUACAGAUGGUACUCCUGCAGACAAUGCUACUACAGCUAGAAAUCCAACAGAUGGUACUCCUGCAAAUGAUGCUACUACAGCUAGCAAUCCAACAGACGGUACUCCUGCAGAUGAUGCCACUACAGUUUGCAAUCCAACAGACGGUAGUCCUGAAGACGACACUGCUACAGCUAGCAAUUCUACGGAAGUAUUCCUGCUGGGGUAA